AUGCCCACGCGUACUAAUCUGGGAGAAAAUAACAACUCUUCAACGGACACAAGUUGUGCUUCCGAUAGAAACUCGAGCAACGGCCUUCGUUGGCGGGUCAAUGGCUCUGGCCAACUCGUCGACUCAGGCGCAACGCAAGAGUGGGAACUUGCUCAGGACAUCGCCAAACUCAAUCUGGGUUCGGUCAGUGACCUAGCUGAUGAAGUGCAUGGUCACUUGAAAACUCCACCUCAGUCCAAGCUCACGAAGGCAACUGCUGUGCAAUUCAACGAAGCCAGUCCGCUGGAGACCGCUUCGCAGACAAGUAUCGAUUCCUCACAGCACUCGGAUCAUCAGAUUUCUCCAUCCCACUCCCGUGUAUCCUCCACGGAUACCCUGGACUCGCGCGAGUCUGUCAUGUCUUCCGCUAGCCACACCCUACGUGCCCCCCCGCAGCUGAAGAUCGCAACCGGCGGCGAGGCAAAAGAACGGCCGCAUUCAUUCAGUGGAGGACUUUCUACUGCUGACUUGCGCCGCUUGAAGCAAGCUGGCGAAGAACCGGCUGGGCUUAGCCAAACUGGUAACGGAUUGUCGGCCCACCAGUGGUCAUCUUCCCACUACCGUGACCUCCUUGGUAGUGCAGAUAAGACCUUUCCCACUGAUCAGCCGUCUUACCCGUCCUUGGUGAACUCUGGCACAUUCGGCCGUGGUCAACAGCAGUAUGACUAUCGGCCGCCGCGCGGAACCGUCAACGGAGCUCUACAAUCGGAAUACGGUACUGCUCAGAGGGGUUUUUUCCCUCCCGCUCAAGGGAUCCCUAGUGCAUCUCAACAUUUCGUACAACCUCGACCUACGGAUGCCGCGCCCGUGAAGGCGUAUCGUGCUUCGCAGCGUGGGUUCCCUCAAACUGUUUUGCCAAACCCUACAGGUCUUGGAUAUCCAACAGGUCACGUCCCCCACUUGUCGUUGGGUACUGCACAGCAACUGUAUGAUAUGGUUGUUCCUCAUGCGGAUCACCCUGCGGUCACGCGGGUUCAACAACAACACAACGUGUUUCGUGCAACCCAUCAGCAUUCGGCUUCUGACCCUGCGUCACUGAGGGACGCUGCGGCGUUGGCUCUACUGAAUAAUCAGGUAUUCGGCACUCAUGGCCUGUAUCAAGCUGCGCUGGCUCCACCUGCUAUGGGGUUGUUUUAUCCGCCUCCUGAUAGUUAUGCUCCAGACGUGGCUACGGUCAACAGGCUGCAACCUCAGUACUCCGGGCCCUACGGUGCUGUGUCCAACCAUACCGGCCACUCAAACACCGCAGGAUCAAAUGGCGGUUCACAAGUAACUGGUGGACCUAGUGCAAACAAUCGCAAGCUGGGUUUGUACAAAACAGAAUUGUGCCGCUCUUGGGAGGAGAAGGGUUCCUGCCGUUACGGCACUAAGUGUCAGUUUGCUCAUGGCGAAGAUGAACUUCGCAAUGUGCCUCGCCACCCCAAGUACAAGACUGAAAUCUGCAGAACUUUUUGGGUAUCUGGUGCUUGCCCGUAUGGCAAACGGUGCUGCUUCAUCCACACAGAACUUCCCGUCUCUGGAGCUACCCCUGGUGCAGAUGGAGCUCCCCCGCCGUCGGCGACCACAGCAAACCGAGAGAGGUCCAACAGUGAUCCCAACGAAGUGUCAAACUCGUUGCUGGCGCGGAUUCAACGAAAGAAUGAAGCUACCCCGGUCGACGUUGCACCUCCUUCUAAUUCGUUCUUCACCCGACCUCCCACUGGGUCAUUGCGUGUAGACACGUCUGCGCUCAGCAAUGUCUCCAAACAGAACAAGUCCGCGUACCCGACGUUCGCGAGCAACGCAUUGAUGCUCUCGAACCCCGAGCAAACUACUAUCAAAUCUCCUGUGCCUCUCACGGCUGGCCCUGACUUCGGAAGGCACAAUGCAACUAGGCUUGAUAUUGUGGGACUCAACCAGCGUCUCAACAAGGCUUCGACUAAUCCGACUGCACGUCACUCGUUUAACGGGACAGAUAUAGACCUCGAUUUCACCUCACCGUCGACUCCAUCUGCUGCCAACCCAGUCUCGUCUUUUGCGGUGUCCAAUGACCGCAUCCCUGGAGGCAACGCGGUGCCACGUAGUCACCAUGUGAGAUCCGGCAGUGCUGGAAAUUGGGGCAGUGUUACACGCAGCACCAACUUGACUGCCACUUCUGCGUACCCACAAUCCCCAGAGGACAAUAAUGUUUCCAGCGCCCCGUGGUCGACGUCGGAGCUUUCCGUUGGAAGCACGAGGCUCGCCGACAGUUGGAUGUAA